AUGUCUCAAUCUCCGGAUGAUAAAUUUAAUAAAUCUAACAUGCUCAACAGAAAAUCUGCAAGAAGAUUGAGUAUCAAUAAUAGAGAAUUACUUAUUGCAAUAAGUGAAAAUGAUUAUGAUAAAGUAGAAUGUCUUAUAAAUGGUGAGAUAGAUAUUAAUUUUAAAGACACAGAUGGAAAAACACCUCUAUAUUGGGCCAUUGAAAGUAACAAUGACGCAAUUAUUAAGCUACUUUUAAGGAAACAGGGAAUUAACAUUAAAAGGACAGAAAUUGAGACUUUAAUAGAUUAUGUUCGACCUCUUAAUAGGCCAGAUAUUUUAAAAAUUUUAGAAACAUCCUUAAAGUCAAAGGUUGCAGAUCAAAACGCAGUAGCGGAACAUUAUCAGUGUAACAGUAACAUAGAUCAGGUUUUAGAAUUUUCUACAUUUAAGAAAUUAGAGUCACGGCAAAAGAAUAAAAUUCAAAGCAAGCAAAAGAUUGGAAAUAAUCCAAUUCAUGGGCUUGUCACAGAAAAUGUAUAUAAUAAAUUUUUUCGCAAAAUGUUGAAUUGGUUGAUGGAUAAAGGUGGAGAUAGAUUCCUUUCCUUCGAGGAAGGAAAAAAGUUUCUGGAAGAAGCCAAGUUGGGAGUUCUCAUUUGGUUUAAUAUCAGAGAUCCAACAUGCACAUUUGUUGGAAGAGAUAAAGAAUUGUCUGAUUUACAUAACAUAUUGCAAAAUAGGAGUGAAAACAUACCCAAAUUUGUGUGCGUAAGCGGUCUUGGCGGAGUAGGUAAAAGCGAAUUAGUUAGACGAUAUAUCAAUCAGUACAGCCAAGAAUAUGAUAAUAAAAUUAUAUGGAUAAACGUCGAAAGUUACCAAACACUUGUGGAAUCUUUUCACAGAUUAGCUUCUGACAAGUUAGGGGUUAGCACGAUAAAUGCAGAUAAUAAAGAAAAGAAAAUAUGUUCUAUAGUUGAGGAUGUAUAUAAGCUUUUGUCUGCUAGUAAAUGUCUUUUUAUUUUUGAUAAUGCUGUAAAAUAUAAAAGUGAGAAUGAAUUUGAUUAUGGUAUAGAAAAUUUUUUGCCAUGUUCACCAUGCUCCUCUAAUAAAUCAUAUAUUUUAAUUACUUCUCGCAAUAAAUAUUGGCCAAGUAAUGUGCACAUAUUAGAAUUAGAUAUAUUUAAGGAGAACGAAGCUGUAGAAUUCAUUAAAAAAUCCCUUAAGAUAGAAACUGAUGUACAAGAUAAUGUUAUUAGAGUGUUGGCAAAGAAAUUACAUUGCUUUCCCUUAGCGUUACAACAAACUGUAUCUUAUAUAAAAACAGAAGAUGAGAAAUUAAAAAUUGUGGGUUCAGAGUUUAAAAUAGACAAUUAUUUGGAAAAGUAUAAUGAAAAGGUAGGAUGUUUUGAAAGUCAAGGCACAAGUAAUGAUUAUAUUGAAACAAUAGUCACAACUUGGAAUAUUACCUUUGAUAUAAUAAGUCAAAGUGAAAAUGGUAGUAAUGCUUUAAUAAUAUUAGGUAUCGCAUCUUACUUAGCUUCUGAAGAUAUAUCUACAAAAAUAUUUGUAAAUAUUAUAGACUGUGAGGACAAAGUAGGCUCUGCUAUCCUAUUAUUAAAACAGUAUUCAAUAAUUAAUUUAGAAGGUACGGCAUUUAGUAUACAUAAAUUAGUACAGGAAGUAAUAAGAAGAAGAUUAAAAUAUGAAAAUAAAGACGAAGAAAUUUUAACAAAAGCUUUAAAAUAUUUCAUCGACAACGGAGUAAAUAUAGAAAAUAUGAAUCAUGCAAUAUCUGUUUGGAAUUAUACAGAGAAAUGUAGUGCACUGGUGAUAAAGUAUGCCUUUGUCGCAGAUUUUAUAAUUCGUGAAUUUAUGAUGAGCGUUAGGUACGAGGAAGCAUUCUCAUUCUGCCAGAGAUUUUUGACUUUGUUAAAUACCCUAUCACAAGAUAACAACAUUGUUCGAUAUCAUUUGUCGAUGACAAAAAAUGUUAUGGGAUUGAUACAUAUGCACCAAGGAAACUAUAAUAUAGCUGGUGAAAUUUUUCAAAAAGUUUUGAACGAAAUUAUUGCUGAGCCAUACUAUUUGGAAUCUAUAGCUGUUGCAUAUAAUAUCGGUUUGGUAUUCUUUCACCAAGGCAAAUAUGACGAAACUUUAAAAUACUAUCAUAUAGCAUUAGAUGCUUUGUUAGCUAACGACGGGUAUUGUAAUAAAAAUACAGAGAUGCUAAGUAUUCAAUCUGACAUAGCUGCAGUAUUUUGCAAACAAGGUAAAUAUGAUAUAGCCUUACAAAUGCUUAGAAAGGUAUAUACAACACAAAAACAAAUAUUGGGAGAAAAUCAUUUUGACACACUGCAUACACAAAAUCUAGUUGCCGGUAUAUUCGUGGAACAAGGAAAGUAUAGUGAAGCCUUAAAAAUGUUGCAAGAAGCAUAUGACAUUAUAUCUAAAACUUUAAACCAGUGUCAUCCUUUAGUUUUAACAUUGAAAAGUAAUAUAGGCGCAGUACUUCUUAAGCAAGGCAAAUUGGAUGAUGCUAUUAAUGUGAUUCAAGGAGUACUAAAUUUGCAGAAACAAGUUCUUAGUUCAGACCAUCCUGAGAUUUUAGAAACUCGUAAUGCCAUUGCGCAAACACUAGUAGAACAAGGCAAAUGCGAUGAGGCAAUGGUAAUUUGUCAGGAUGUUUUGAAUAAACGAGAACAGCUUUUAAGUGUUGAGCAUCCUGACACUUUGCAUAGUUUCUUAACUAAAGCACACAUAUUAUAUUAUCAAGGGAAAUAUGAAAUUGCUUUACAGAACUAUACUGAAUUAUUAAGUAAAUGGAAACGCAUUUUUACAGAGGAUCAUCCUGUGGUUACAACUAUAAACGGUCGUAUAUCUGAAAUUUCUGAAGCACUCUGCAAUACAGCAGAGAAUAGUGAAGCUCUUAGUUCUCUCCAGCGGCAAUAUGAAAUAGAAAGAAAACGUUUCGGAGAUGAUCAUCCGACCACUUUAAACACUAAAAAUAAUAUGGGUUUGGUGUUUUAUACUCAAAAGAAAUUCGACAUAGCACGGCAAAUUUUUGAAGAAAAUUAUAAUAAACUUAAGUUUAUGCUUCCUAAUCAUUAUUAUACCCAUAGGGCAAAAAAUAAUUUAGCUCUAGUAGCUUUAGCUCGAGGAGAAUUCGAAGAAGCUUUGAGAAUGUUUCGGGAGGUAUAUCACGGUUACCGAAAGAAUUUGGGGGAAGAUCAUGAAGAGACACUCUCAACAAAGGGUAACAUAUCUUCAAUACUUAUUUUUCAGUUAAAAUAUAUCGAAGCUUCAGAAAUACUUUGCGAUGUAAUUAAAAGACACAAGAUGAUAUUGGGGCUAGAACAUCCAGAUACUAAAACGACUAUAAGGAUUGUAAGAGGAAUGUUAAUACUUGCGAUGAAGCAUAAUGAUGUCAAAGUAAUUGAACAGUUUUUUGAAAAAUGUGCUGAUGUUACUGUUGCAGAUUUGAAUUGCUCCGUAUUGUUAUGUAACAGUAUUGACAGUGGCAAGGCAGAUAUCGUAAACGUGUUCUUAAAAUAUGGAGCAGAUGCUGCUUCGGUUAAUAGCCAGGGUAAAACAUCGUUGCACGUUGCCACUUUCAAAGGUCACGAACAGAUUGUUAAAAAUCUUUUGCAGCAUACCUUACUGGAACACGGCGCAGAGUAUAACGCGAAAAAUAAUAACGACAAGACGCCGUUUAGUCUUUCUAUUGAUCCUGAUAUUAUCAGUUUGUUAAAAUUAAUGAAAGAAUUGUUUGUGGACGCGGAAAAUGGUAAUAUCAGGAUCGUUAACAAAGUAAGAGCAAUAAAUUCUAAACAGUUCAAAGCUGUAAUAAAUGCUCGCAAUGAUCAAGGAAAUACAUUAUUUCAAGUUCUUAAAAAUAACGGUGAUAAAAAUACCUUAAAAAUGUAUUUGGACGUGUUGAAAGCUAAAUAUAAACACGAAUGA